UCGCUGUUGAGCGGAAGACACACACACUCACACACACUCUCUCUUACACACGGGAUUUCUACUGAGAACAAGCAGGCAGGCGGCAGGGAAAAGCCCCGACCCUUUCCUCGUCCGUUCGAGUAUUUCACAGAGCCAAAUGCCCGGUCCGACCCAAGCUCUGUCCCCCAAUGGAGAGAACAACAACGACAUCAUUCCGGACAGCGACGGCAGCAACAUCAUUCCCUACAGAAAGAACACAGUGCGCGGGGAGCGCGCCUACAGCUGGGGGAUGGCGGUCAACGUUUACUCUACCUCAAUCACCCAGGAGACUAUGAGCAGGCAUGACAUCACAGCCUGGGUGAACGAUCUGCUCAGUCUAAACUACACUAAAGUGGAGCAGCUGUCAUCAGGAGCAGCGUACUGUCAGUUCAUGGACAUGCUGUUUCCCGGAUGCAUCAGUCUUAAGAAGGUGAAAUUCCAGGCCAAGUUGGAGCAUGAAUACAUCCACAACUUCAAACUUCUGCAGGCCUCCUUCAAGAGGAUGAACGUUGAUAAGAUCAUCCCUGUAGAGAAGCUCGUCAAGGGACGGUUUCAAGACAACCUGGACUUCAUUCAGUGGUUCAAGAAGUUCUUCGACGCCAACUACGACGGGAAGGAGUACGACCCGUUGCAGGCCAGACAGGGUCAGGACGCCAUUCCCCCUCCAGAUCCCGGCGAGCAGAUCUUCAACCUGCCAAAGAAAUCCCACCAUGCCGCCAGCUCUCCCACCGCAGGAGCUACUAGAUCAACCAGUUCAACCCCUAAAUCCUCCACCUCCACCACCUCCACCUCCAGACCCUCCUCUGCCAAAAAGAUCCCUGUUAUGUCCGCGACACCCGCUAAAGGAGAGAAGGAGCUGGAAGCCCAAGUAACACAACUAAACGAUCAGCUCAAUACAUUAAAGCUAGCACUAGAAGGAGUGGAGAAGGAGCGGGAUUUCUACUUCGGGAAGCUGAGAGAGGUGGAGCUGCUGUGUCAGGAGCAGGGCCAGGACAACGGGCCCUUCGUGGAGAGACUCAUGGAGGUGCUGUACUCUGCAGACGACCAGGAGGCAGGCGGAGAGGAACACGAGGCUCCCGCUCAGGAGGAGGACGUCCCUGACGACACGCAGGACGAAUACUGAACACCUGAACAUACACACACUCAGUCAGAAAACUGCUUUUGGGUUCAUUUCCUCAAACUCAUGACGGUUUAUUUCUCACGUGUCUUUUAUUAUUUUCUUGUUUUGAAGCCCUCUUUAAUUGCAUCAUGAUUAUUAUGAACAUGUCAUCCAACAGCAGCUUAAUUGGUGAAUGUUGUUCGUGUGAAGCCGUGAUAACAACCACUGCACAUCAGCUCCAUUCGGUUUUUUCUUUAACUGAAGUCAGUUGAUUUUCAUCUCACUGCACCGAUGAAGGAGAAUUUAGCUUUUUUUUUUAUUCCUUAAGCUGUUAAUGUUUUAAGAUGUGAUGUAUUGAACAGUUACAUUUUUAAAUAUUGCAAUAAGAGUAGCUCAAAGAGCCACUUAUCAUCACCUCAUGAUAGAUUCCUUCAGAAGAUUAACUAUGGAAAAUUCUGCAUUAUAACCUAAUGCAUAUUGGUGAUAUAAACCCAUGUGAUUCACUUAGAAAACAAGCUAAAUUUUUCACCCCGUUAGAUUAAAUGUACUCAUAAAAUUUGUUUUCUUUGGUUAAAUGUGUCUCUGCUUCACAGAGGAGGAAGCCAAUCACAGUGUUUGAUAAGAAGCAUUUCAUUUGAACUGUGCAAUCCGUAUUCUGCGUCUAAACAUGUUUUACUUUAUAUGUACAGUAAAAAAAAAAAGAAAUCGAUGCAUCUUUAAGAUUUUUGUUAACUUGUUCUAAAUCACAGGUCUUCUGAACGGAAAACAGCAUUCUCGUGAUCUCAUGAUACUCGUCAAUAUUCUCACAGGUCAACGAUGCUUAUGUCAUUUAUUAUUGUGUACAAUGAAAAGGAAUGUAAACAUAUGUACUGUUAAUAAUUAUAAAUAGACAAUGAUUUUCUUUUUAUUUCCCUUACAGUAUCUCCCCUUAUGCAUUCCCCAAAUGUGUUGCAUGUUUGCAUUUUUUUUGUGAAUAACUUGACCUGCUUUUUACAUAUUUAAUAAAAAAGCAAAAAAAAAAAAAAAA